AUGUUGAAGGAUUGCAUCAACUAUUCCAAGGGAUGUGAAGCUUGUCAAAGACACGGCCCAAUCCAGCGGGCUCCUUCAGUCCCCAUGAAUCCAGUAGUGAAACCAUGGCCUUUUAGGGGAUGGGCAAUGGAUCUCAUUGGCAAAAUCUAUCCAGCCAGCAGCCAGCAGCAUUGUUUUAUCAUUGUUGCUACAGACUAUUUCACCAAAUGGGUAGAAGCCAAGCCAAUCAAAACCAUAACUUCUCAAGAGAUCAUCACCUUUAUAGAAGAACAGAUCAUACAGAGAUUCGGCAUUCCAGAAUCGAUCACAACUGAUAGGGGUUCUUCUUUCAUAUCUAGGGAUAUGCUAGAUAUGGCAGAAACAUUCAAGUUCAAGCUACUCCAAUCCACCCCCUAUUAUGCUCAAGCUAAUGGACAGGCAGAAUCAAGUAACAAGGUGAUUAUCAAUAUCAUCAGAAAGAUGCUGGAGAGGAAUCCGAAGCAGUGGCAUGAGAAGUUGUCAAAAACUUUGUGGGCAUACAGAACUUCAAAAAGAGAAGCAACUGGCAUGACUCCCUAUGCUCUGACCUACGGCCAUGAUGCAAUUCUGCCCAUGGAGAUAGCAGUCCAGUCUCUUAGAAUUGCUCACCAGUACGAUCUCACAGGAGAAGAUUACUCUCAAGCCAUGCUACUUGAAUUAGAAGAAUUGGAUGCAAGCAGGAUUGACACCCUCAACAAACUCUUAGCAGGAAAACAGGCUGUGUCAAAGGCAUACAACAAAAGAGUCAGAGAUAAGAGUUUUGAAGAGGGGGAAAUAGUCUGGAAGGCAAUUCUGCCCCUUGGAGCGCACAUAGCUGGAUAUGGAAAAUGGUCACCUACGUGGGAAGGUCCUUUUGUGAUUAACCAGAUCCUCGGAAUGGGGGCAUAUAGGUUGCAGGACAGAGAUGGAGUUAUUCACAACGCCCCAAUCAAUGGCAAAUGGUUAAAGAAAUUCUACCCAACCAUGUGGGAUUCACAAGCUGUACAGACAGAUCCCGGGAUAGAAGAGGAACAAGGCUGACUUCUUCUAUUUUUUGAAUCCAUUUUUGCUUUAAAGAUUGUUUCGUUUCUGCUUUUACAGUAUUGUUUUGUUUAUUACGUCAAGGGUAAAUAAAAAUAGUGAAAUGCUAUUUAAAAGGAAGGUAGAACAAACUUUAUUUAAAAAUAGCCACCAUAGCGGCAAAGGUGUCCAAGAAAAUAAAAUAAAAUAAAAUAAAGAAACAGAAAUGAAAAACUAAAACCCUAAUUUUCUAAGGGUUUCCUGUAGAUUCGCCUUCUUGACAGAGAGUUCUUUCUGGAGCAGCACUCCUUGAUGAAUCGAGGCUUCUGCAAUUUCCAAAGCUGGCCUGGAAGCUGCAACCAUGCUCUGCACAAGAAAGGUGGCUUUGGUUUUGGAACUCAGUCCAGCCCCAAGCUUGUUCUG